ACUUAAAUAUAUACAGAUAUGUAAAUGUAUUAUAUGAUUUGUUCUUGUCAAGGGCCAUUGAAGUUUGUUUCGGUGCAAAUUUAUUGUGAUUCAUUACAUUCAUGAAAAUUAUGCAUUUAGGUUUCAGAGUAAGGGGUUUAGGAUUUGAAUAGUGGAUUUAGGGGUCAACAUGAUUCUGUAGCUGCCAUAGCACUUAUCGAAGGUAAAGUUGUCGCAUCCAAUUCCUCUCGAAGCAAAUCAUUUCCUUCACAAAUAAAACGUGUUAGCGCAAUGGGAAGCAACAAAUCCAACUUCGUAAGGCAGUUGCUCUUUACUUUGAAUUGAAGUCGGUGGCUGGAGCGCGACGGGGCAAUAAGAAGUAAUUUCUUUGUCGCAGGAUGUUUUAAAUUAAGAUUUGUGGGGAAUCCGGAACGCUAGCUUCAAGGGGGGUGAUGACGCAAGAGCCAGUUGCCCACGCUACAUCAUGUGGAUUGUUUUUCGUGCUUCCGUAAGGCUGCCACUGAUCUGCACCGCCAUCGGAUUGUUUACCCACACGUCUUUGAGCACACGGAAGCCUGUCUAAAGUUGUGGACUUAUUGGAUACGAGGUUCCAAUCACGGAAUCACUUAUCUUUCAUGCUUGCUACCUAGGCUUUACAUCAGCAUAUUGUUAUACGGAUUGAAUUGUCUAUUGGGUCGAUCACCAUCGGGGUGCAUCUCCAAGAGAUCAAUCGUGUGUAACUGGUUUUCGUUUUUAGAUUCUGCAGUACUUAAAAAGACAAGGAAGGGGGAGAUGGAAGCUGAUUCCGUGGCAAUGGAGACCGCACAGAACAGGCGGAUGCGCAUCAUGAACGCCCAUCUACAGAGAAAGGCCCCGAGUAUACAUUCUAAUUUGCUCAAAUUGAGUCAUCAUUGGUCAAUUUGAUAGCAGUUUCGUAAGAAUAGUUAGGUAAUAGAGAGGUUGACGAGGAACACGUGUGACUUCUUCUCAUAGAUCCUGCGAUAUUUAUGUAAGAGCGAUGUUGAAGUUUUCAGAGGUGUUAGUUUCAAAAGUUGUAAAGAGGGACAUUGGACGUUAGAGUCAUGUCUGUAGGGAGAAAACUAGCUCUCCUGCGGAAAUUGCUGAAUACCUUAUUCUUCGUACCGCGUUUCUUAACUUGGAGGACAGUCUACAACUGACCAGCCAAACAACUGCUGGUGAAUUUCUAAUAGAGGAAGGAUAUAGCGUUAGGCUGCCAGAAAAAUUGAGCUCCGGAAAAUGGAACGUACAUAGAUCAGCGAUGUCCCCUCUUGAGCUUAUGGAUCAUUGGCCCGAGCAUCCCGAGAUUCGAACCUUGCAUGACAACUUUGUGUAUGCGAAGGCGGCAUUUCCAGAGAAUAAAUGUUUGGGAACUCGUAUCCGAGAAGAUGGCACAGUUGGCGAAUAUAGGUGGAUGACUUAUGGAGAAGUAGGGACCGCGCGGACUGCAAUUGGAUCAGGACUUAUUCAGCAUGGCAUCCCUAAGGGCGCAUGUGUUGGGUUGUACAUGCUUAAUCGAGUUGAAUGGGUCAUCUCAGAAUUAGCAUGUUCUGCGUACUCUUAUGUGUCUGUUCCUCUUUAUGACACCCUUGGAGCGGAUGCUGUGAAGUAUAUUGUCAGCCAUGCGGAAGUUGCUGCUGUAUUCUGCACCCCAGACAAGUUACAGACUGUCCUGAAUUGCCUUUCAGAGCUCCCAAGUGUACGCCUCAUUGUGGUUGUAGGCGGUGCCGAGCAUAUAAUGCCCUCGCACCCACCCCGGUCUGGAGUUGAAGUCGUGCCUUACUCUCGACUUGAAGCUCAGGGUAAAGCAGACCAGCGUGCAUUUGUGGCACCAAAGCCACAUGAUCUAGCCACCAUAUGUUACACAAGUGGUACCACUGGUGUACCCAAGGGAGCUAUGUUAUCUCAUUACAGCCUUGUUGCAAGUGCUGCUGGAGCUAGUCAAUCGACGCCCAUCCUUCCUUCUGACGUACACAUCUCGUAUUUGCCACUAGCUCAUAUUUACGAGAGGAUGAACGUACUUGUCAUGCUCCAUCACGGUGUGGCGGUUGGCUUCUAUCAAGGAGAUAUAUUGAAGCUGAUGGAUGAUAUAGAGACUCUGAAGCCUACAAUUUUUGCAAGUGUUCCACGCCUUUACAAUCGUAUUUAUGAUAAAAUCACUGGAACAGUGAGGGCUUCAGGUGGACUCCGUGAGAAGCUUUUCAAUAUUGCCUUCGAGUCAAAGAAACAGGCCCUCGAGAACGGCAAGUCUCCUUCACCUAUCUGGGACCGGUUGGUUUUUAACAAAGUGAAGGCAGCUCUUGGAGGACGAGUUCGGAUUAUAUUGUCAGGCGCAUCACCAAUAUCUGCUGAUGUCUUGGAUUUCUUAAGAAUAUGUUUUGGUGGUUACGUUUCAGAAGGCUAUGGCAUGACGGAGACUUCUUGUCUUGUUUCUGGUACACGAGUGGGGGACAAUACAUCCGGUCACGUUGGAGCUCCAACCCCAGCUUGCGAGGUGAAGCUUGCUGACGUUCCCGAGAUGGAGUACACAGAUAAUGACAAGCCUUAUCCUCGAGGAGAGAUUUGUGUGAGAGGACCCAUAUUAUUCAAAGGCUACUACAAAGACGAAGUUGAAACACGGGAAAUUUUUGAUGAAGAAGGAUGGUUACAUACUGGCGAUAUUGGGUGUUGGUUGCCAGGUGGUCGUCUCAAGAUCAUUGACAGGAAGAAGAACAUUUUCAAGUUAGCUCAAGGAGAAUACAUUGCACCGGAAAAGAUUGAGAACAUUUAUCUUCGCAGUCGGUUUAUUUCGCAGUGUUUCGUAUAUGGCGAUAGUUUCAACGCCAACCUCGUAGCAGUUGCUGUUAUUGAUCCAGACACUCUACCUGCCUGGGCUAAAUCAAGGGGUAUUAAGCAUGCUGACAAUUUGAAAGAGCUAUGCGCUGAUCCAGUCAUACGAGCUGCAGUGCUUGCGGACAUGGAUGCUGCUGGUCGUGAAGCACAGCUGCGAGGGUUUGAGUUUGCCAAAGCAGUGAAAUUGACAGCUGAGCCUUUCUCAAUCGAAAAUGGACUACUCACACCUACUCUUAAGUUGAAGAGACCUCAAGCCAAGACUCGGUUUGCUCAAGCCAUUGCUGAUAUGUAUGCUGAGGUUGCGGUCAAGGAAGAAACUCGGUUCCCACUUAAGUCUAGCUUGUAAAUAGUUUUUCUCGUCCGCAUUAACACCUCACAAUACUAGGUUUUAAUUGAACAUAAGACGAUAGUUAAGGCUUUUGGAAAUGUUUAAUAAUGGCUUCUAUGUUGAAACUUUUUCUUGUGAAAUAAAUAAUAAAUGCCUUGGUAUCAAAGUUCCGCCAC